AUGGCAGACGUGCUGACGCUGGACAUCGGCGACCCGCAGAUCCUGGUCCACUACCCAGAUGAUGAGAACGGCUUCCUCUGGCACCACAGAGUGCUGCUCUUCAGGGUGUCGGACGACAUCUGGAUCAGCUUGACCCCUGAUCUCGCGCUGGUGCGCCUGAAGCUGCUGGACAUCCGGCACGAGGUGCUGGAGAGGCGAGCCCCGUUCCCCGCCCACCUGGGCAACCAGGUCUAUGCCCACGACCCCAUCGCCGCCGCCGCCCUGGCGGGCUUCCGCCGCCGGGCGAAGAUCCAGGGGCAGCUGCUGGGCGUGGGCCAGGUGGACGUGGUCGAGAGGAUGAUCUGGGUGGUGGCCGAGCCCCGGUCGGCGAGGUUCGGCGAGGUGAUCGACGCGGCCGUCAUGGACGGGGUGGCGGUCGUGGACGGGGAGGAGAUCUUCGUGCAGAAGAUCGCGGCCAGCAAGCUCGACGACUUCAAGAAGGAGACCAAGGCGGACCUCGGAGACGUGCGCACGCUCGGGGACCACCUCGACGAUGCUGGGCAGCGCUGUCUGAGGCUCUCGGAGGCGGUCGCGCUGAUGAGAGACACGGAUCAGCCGAACUUCCCGCUCGCCGGCGUGAGGAGCGUGAAGGAGUUCCUCGAGUCGGUGGCCUCCGGACCUGGCAACAUGACAUCGUACCAGGCGGAGUGGGAGCGGCUCAGCGGAGUCGGUGAGGGUUCGGCAGUCAACCAUGUGCACCGCAACCUGUGCGAGGUGAUUCGGCUCAUGCACUCCUGGGACCAGGUCGACGCCUCCAUGUUGGCCUCUGCGGAGCUGAUCGUGCGCUGGCUGGUUCAGACGGAGAUAGCGGUAGAGCGCAACCCGCGCCACCCUGACUACAGCGGGCUGGACAUAGUGAUCUCGGCCCCGGUGAAUGCAGCGGGCCGCGCGACGACGAACAAGUUCAACUCCUGGGUCACCGACAAGCUCAAGGAGAGGGCGCAGAUCUGGAAGCAGGAGCGCCUGUACCGCGAGGAGCAGAAGACGAACCUGAAGGAGGGCAAGGGCGGCGACGGCUACGACCCGUCCAAGAAGAAGCUGAAGAAGAGAGGGGGCAAGGCCGGCGCCGAGGGCGCCGGGCACCUCCGGCCGACCGCCGUGCAGCAGUGGAUGAUCCAGAAUGUCGCCCGGCGUGUACUGGCGUAUGGGGAUUGCCCCACUGACCUCACAGAGGAGUCAUCGUUGCACGAGAUCCUCGACUCGAGAGACCACUACGGGAUGGAGCCCAAGAACUUGGCCAGCUUCGACUUCGACAAGGUCAAGAUCCUGCACAGGAAGGUCCACGUUCGGCCGAUACGUCGGGAGUUGCCCGCGUCGGCCGCUGGCUACCUUCGGCAUGCUUCCGACUUGAUCGAGAUGGACGAAGCGGAGCUUGAGAGAGAUCGUGCCGAGGGAGUGGGUGUCACGCCAUACUGGGACCCCCUCCUCCGGCGCUCGCGAGACCUUCGGAAGCGACUGUACCAGCGCCUGGACCAGCAGGGCCUGCUGACUUGGCGCCGGCGGCUGAAGGGGCAUGCGGGCAUCUUCGUGGUCAAGAAAAAGGAUGGGCUCCAGAGGUUGAUCAUCGACGCCCGAGCGGCCAAUCGGGCGCAUCGGCCACCUCCCACUACUCGGCUAGGCUCCUCGCGAUGCAUGGCCGACCUCGACCUCUCCGACCCCCGCCUGAAGGCAUCGGGCUUCGGGGGCCUCGGCUCUGGGGCCUUCAGCCCAGCUGGCCGCGAGGGGGACGUCGGGGACUGUUUCUACAACUUCACCAUCCCCGAGCUGGCGAGCUGGUUCGGCUUCGCAGACCAGUUCGGCACCCACGAGCUGACGGAGAUGGGCUGCCUGCCGGACUCGAUCUGGGACGACGCCGAGGGGGCCGAGACCAAGGUCGUGGACGGCGAGCUGCUCUACCCCUCCAUGUGCGCGGUGUGCAUGGGCUGGUCCUGGGCGCUCUACUUCGCCAACGAGGCCGUGACCUACCGAGUCCAGCGGGCGCUGCCCGACGGGGCCGAGAAGGUGAUGAGGGAGAUGCAGCCUGCCCCGACCAUCGAGCCCGGCAAGUGCGUUGCCGGAGUGUACGUGGACAACGUGCAGGUGAUCGGAGGCUGCGAGGCUGACGCCAACACUCAGAUGCAUGAAAUCGAGAAUCUUUUUCGAGAGGACCGAAUACCUUUCGACGUGGAGCCGGGGGACAGUUUGGAGAUGCAGUCCCUCGGCCUGGUGUACCACUGGCAGGAGCGUCGCCUGAGGCAUGUGGCUCGGCGCGUCUGGCGGACCUACAUGGCCGGACACGCCCUUUUGAGACGCCGCAAGCUCCACGGGCACGCGCUCCAGUGCUGGCUGGGGCACGUCGUGAACCUGAACCAGCUCUGCCCCGAGGCGAUGUCCGCGCUGAACGCCUGCUGCCGCUUCAUCGAGGAGUCGCUGGAGUCGCCCAAGCGGGUCUGGCCCUCCGUGAAGUCCGAGAUCCGCUGCUCGAUGAACUUGCUCUUCCUGAUGGAGGCGGACUUGGGCGCGACCUACUCGGACCAGGUGUACUGCGGCUACGCACUCCACGUGACGACCGCCGAGCCGACCGAGCUCCGAGAAGCCUGGAGGUGGAGAGAACGCUGGCGGUACCGCGACGUCCCGACGGUGACGGGCCACGUCAGCAGCGGGCUCGACUACGUGCGCGGCGGCACGCCCGGCACCGCCACUGGCCCGAGGACCGCCUUCGGCCAGUCCCUGCUGAGUCAGGCGGAGGCGCCGGAGGAGGCGAGCGGCCUGGCUCCCUCUCCGGCCCGAAGCCGCGCUGCGAAGCCGGCUCGAGGCCGCACCCAGCUGCAUCUUGACUCGGGCAUCCCCGCCUUGGAGGACAGCUGGGUGGCCAGGCGCCGCUACAAGCUGGUCGCCGCGGACCGCUGGCGCUGGCAGGACGAGCACAUCAACCUCAAGGAGGCGAGGGUCGCCUUGAUGGGGCUCCGGCGGCACUGCCGAUCGGUGAAGUUCAUGGGCACAAAGCUGCUCUCGAUCAGCGACAGCCAGGUCACCGUCGGGGCCUUCGAGAAGGGCCGCUCCAGCGCGGGCCUGCAGGCCCUCUGCAGGCGCGCAGCCGCCUACCGCCUGGGGGGGCAGAUCUCCUGGCGGCUCAGGUACAUCGAGACUGACCGUAACCCGAGUGACGAGGACUCCCGGCGCUGGGACCUGAAGAAGCCGGCUGGGCUGAACCGGGGGCCCGAGCGUCGAGACGCCGCCCCGAGCCUGUCCGCUCCAGCUGCGAGCCCCAUCACCGUCCCGCGGAAGGACUCGCUGAUCAUGGCGACGGUGACCGGAGGCACGCUGGAGAGGUACGCGACGGCGGUCCACGAGUUCGAGACCUACGCGAAGGAGAGGCGCCUGCCGCUGCAGCCGCUAGCACGCCUGGACGACAGCCUCUCCCUCUACUUCGUGGACCUGUUCGACGACGGCUUCGGGGUCUGGGAGGGGCGCAACGCUUUCUACGGGUACAAGCUGCUGAAGCUCAGGACGACAGGCAAGGUCGACCUCCCAAAGGCGCUGGCCUCCCUGAAGGGUUGGACGAAGCGAGCGCCCGGGAGGAUGCGUCUGCCGCUGCCCGACAUCAUCGUGGACGACAUCGCGCUGGACCUGGUGGAGCACGGGAACCCCCUGAUGGGGGCCGCGGUGGUGAUCCAGACAGACACCUACACGCGGCCCUCCGAGGUGGUGGGCCUGAGGCAGGGCCAGAUCUUGCCGCCGGCGCCGGUCGCGAAGCUCGGCGCGCACUAUGGCAUCGUCAUCGCGCCCUCGGAGUGGCACGAGACCACGAAGACGGGCGGCCAGGACGACAGCCUGCUCGUGGGCGACGUGGCGAGGCCCUGGCUCACGAGCGUGCUGCGGCUGCUCCACAAGCCCAACGUGUCGGACAAGAAGAAGAUCUUCGACUUCACCCUCGGCGACUACGAGCGCGAGGUGAAGAAGUCGGCCUGCCGCCUGGGCUACACCUCCCUGGGCGUGUGCCCGCACGUCUUCCGGCACUCAGGCGCCAGCAACGACAAGGCGCACUCCCGGAGGACGUUGAAAGAGGUUCAGAAGCGCGGACGAUGGGCAUCAUCCGCGUCGGUGGCUCGCUACGAGAAGGGGGCCCUGAUCUUGCAGCAGUUGCGCAAGGUUCCCUUGGCUAGGCAGAAGAAGGCGGCGGAGCGCAGCAAGCGCCUGCCGCAGGAGGAGGGCCUACGCUUCCGCAUGGGCCUGGUGGAGCACGGGAACCCCCUGAUGGGGGCCGCGGUGGUGAUCCAGACAGACACCUACACGCGGCCCUCCGAGGUGGUGGGCCUGAGGCAGGGCCAGAUCUUGCCGCCGGCGCCGGUCGCGAAGCUCGGCGCGCACUAUGGCAUCGUCAUCGCGCCCUCGGAGUGGCACGAGACCACGAAGACGGGCGGCCAGGACGACAGCCUGCUCGUGGGCGACGUGGCGAGGCCCUGGCUCGCGAGCGUGCUGCGGCUGCUCCACAAGCCCAACGUGUCGGACAAGAAGAAGAUCUUCGACUUCACCCUCGGCGACUACGAGCGCGAGGUGAAGAAAUCGGCCUGCCGCCUGGGCUACACCUCCCUGGGCGUGUGCCCGCACGUCUUCCGGCACUCAGGCGCCAGCAACGACAAGGCGCACUCCCGGAGGACGUUGAAAGAGGUUCAGAAGCGCGGACGAUGGGCAUCAUCCGCGUCGGUGGCUCGCUACGAGAAGGGGGCCCUGAUCUUGCAGCAGUUGCGCAAGGUUCCCUUGGCUAGGCAGAAGAAGGCGGCGGAGCGCAGCAAGCGCCUGCCGCAGGCGCUGGCCUGUUACAGGUGCGGGCCGCCCUCGUGCGCUGGCCUGUUUCUGGCGCAGGCCGCCCCCGAUCGUGCGCUGGCGUGUUUCGGAUGCAGGCCGCCCUCGUGCGCUGGCCUGAUUCUGGCGCGCGCCGCCAUCGAUCGAUGCGCUGGCCUCGCCAUAUAUCCGGUGCAGGUGGGGCCCACUUUGAGCGGGGGCAAGAUGGGAGAGUUCGAAGCAGGUGCCUCGACCGUGUCGCUGGCAUUCCAAGCCGCACAGUUUAAUGCGAGGUCUGCCUCUGCCAAGCUCACGUUUGGCACGGCAGGGCGAGUGCAUUUGGACAUUCGGCAAGGCAUCCAGGCCAUGGGGCGGUCCUGGCAGGAAGCGUACGGCGCUCCGCUACUCAAGCUCGCAACGGAUAGGGAUUGGGACACGGCGUUCACGGACCACUUCGACAGGAUAUUGGCGCUCUUUUCCACGAGGCCUACCGUGUUGCUGGCAAUCAGGAUGCCAGCUUUGGACGCGAGGUCGGCCAAGCUCGCGCUGGCGGUGGCGACCUUCGCAGGGCUGCCGGAGGCGAAGAAGGUGAGCGUGCUGGAUGAUCUCGAGCACGCCGCGGGCCAGGGCUUGCUGAGGCUCAUCGAGGAGUUCGACGCCAAGGCCGUCGAGGGGCUCGACGCCCGCGGUUGCCGCGCCCUCGGGGCUGCGGCCGGCGCAGCAGCCCCCCCGGCGAAAGCCUCGCCGGCCGGGCUGGCCGCGGCGGGCGCAGGUCGCGGCAGGGAGCGAGCCCCUGGCAAGGAGAUGGGCCGGGGCAAGCCCUCGGCAGUGGGGCCCCUUGCCGCUCAGCCCCCGCCCUUCGUCGAUUGCACCACGACGCUCAGGUGGAGCUCGGCGGCUGGCGCGAGCUUGGCAGGCUGGCGCUGCACUCUUGGAGAGUCAGCGUGCCUCGGGAGCUCCAUGAACGCGGGCGCGCACCGGUGGCGCUGCCCGACGCGCCGCUGCUCGAUGCGCGACCACUGCUACCUGCUCCCCGAGACCACCGGCGACGAGCACAGCGAGGAAGAGGAAGAGGAGGUGGGGGAGGAGAAGGCGGCGCCGCACCGCGCGGUGCGCGAGGUGAGGCGCAGCUCCCCGCGCCGCCCCGCCCGGGGCAGGAGCCGCGGGGGUGCGAGGGGCCGGCCAGCCUGCGAGGCGAGCCGCGCGCGCCGCCGGGGAGACGAGGGCGGCGGGCCAGCCCGCGCGGCGAGUCCCUGGCGCGAGAAGGCGCGCAGCGACAGCGACAGCAGGCCUCCGCCCCCCCGCGAGCGGGCGCCCAAGCGGCGCCGCCCCAGCAAACCGCGCCCGCCCCGCGGGGGGAAGCAGGUGCGGGAGAAGAAGGAGAAGAAGCGGCAGAAAGAGUGCGAGGCCGCGGCGAUUCCCCGCGCCCGCCUGGACUGGGCCCCCCACGCGGGGAGCGCGCGGAGCAAGGGUCGGGGCGACCAGCCCGCGGCUCCACGCGGCAAGGGGCCGUGCCGGCCCGAGGACCGCGGGAAGGGCGCCAGCCGGCGCGAUCCUGCGGUCACCGCUGCUUCGCACAGGGCAGCUGACGCGGCGGCGGAGCUCCCCGAGACUGCAGCGGCUGCGACGUCGCCGUGGCCGACGCGGCGUGCCAGGCAAGCCGCUGCACGCGGGGCUGCGGUUGGGCGCCUGGCGGCGGCGCUGCGGCGGCUCCUCGACCUGGAGGCGUUCGUGGUGGGCUUGCAAGCCGACCUGGGCCACGCGGGGGCGGCGGGCGAGGCCGCGGCCCUUGCUGUCUCCUGCGCCGCCUCGGCCCCCGCGCGCGGCGGAACCGGGGCUGAUGGAGUGGGGGCCGCCCACAGUGCUCCCGAUCCGACGGCCGCGGCGGCUGAGCUCGUGCAGCGCUUGGCGAUCGUCGCGCCCGUGCUGAAGGCGGACAUCGACGGCGCGGAUGCGAGCGCCAUCGAGGUGGAGAGGCCGGCGGGCUGCGGUGCCGCUGGGGAGGCCCAGACCGUCGACUUGGUGGCCUUGACUGCAUCGGCGGCUGCCAGCGGCUUGCUCGGCGUUCGACGCGGCGCCUACUACCUGGGACGAGGUGGUCGAGCGGCGCCGACCUGGAGUCCGACCCCGUGCUUGCUGGACUCCACGGCGGUGCUGCACAGGAGGAAAGGAAUGGCGGUCACCCUGCUCUUGGAGCACAGGGGGCGUCGGCCCAUCCCGCUGGAGUCGGCGCGCGCGCAAGUGGCGCUGAUUAUGACGAUGAUGACCUUCAAGGACGUCCUGGCGAGGAUAGCCUCCGCGAUGCUCGACGAGCGCGCGGUCGUCGGCGAGAGGCGGCGCCUCGUGGUGCUGCAGAGGUACAUGUUCCAGACCUGGGCCAUCGCCGACCGCGAGCGGCACAGGGCUCAGGUCGCCAACAUGGCGAAGGAAUUGGAGCAGGCGAUGGCGGCCCAGCGGGCUCACAUCGCCGCGAAGGCCAGGCAGGUGAGCGAGGGGCGGGCCCUCGCUCUGUCUGCUGCGUCCGCCUCGAAUUUUUGCGCGGGCAAGGGCAAGGGCAAGGCCGCGCCGCCUCCAGCCAAGGGCAAGGCGCCCGCGUCCAGCGCGAAGCUCGGGAGGAAGCCCGAUUUCGCCUCCGCCGACGCGGGCAAGACCAGAGACGUCAUGCCACUGGGUCGGCGCCUCCACUGGGUGCAGCCGAGCCUCAGCGAGCCCCCCCGCGGCAGCAUUUUCGGGGAGAUUGCGAUUGGCAGCGGCCCCGCUUUCGACGAGGGCUCGCAGCGGCUCCUGACGGCGAUAUUCACCACCGAGGAACCGCCGGCAAAGCAGAUCAGGCGGUGCAUGCCGAAGGAGCCUGAAGGAGUUGCUGUGCUCGACACUACUCGCGCGCAGAACGCUGCGAUCGUUCUCAGCAAGUUGCGGAUGCCGCCUGCGGAAAUGUGCGACUACAUCCGCCAGCUCGACGUCAGCGGCGCGAACUUAGGCCUCGUGCUCAUGUCCUUCUCCGACCUACCACUCAAUCAUUCCUCGGGGUUCCAUUGGCUUUCAUUUUUUUCUGAAUCCAGCGCGGUCGAAAUUCGAUGCACGGGGCUAGCACGCAUGAGAGUAAGUUUGGAAGACGAAUCGAAAAUGUCUUGUUGUUGCGUGUGCUCUUCGAGGCAGCAUGUGUCAGGAUGGCCCUGA